GCCGAGGAGGAGCUGCCCACAGUAGCGAGGAGCUGCACGCCGGAAAAGUUUACCUCGAACUAUUGCAGUUGAGCGAAGAGGAGGGCAAUCAAACAGCAAAGAUGGCAACUCAAACACAGCAGUCGCCCCACCUGCAUCUGGCUGAGAUCACCGCAGCGCAGUUCAUCGACAUCUGGAAACAUUUUGACGCCGACGGAAACGGUUACAUCGAAGGGAAGGAGCUGGAGAACUUCUUCAAAGAGCUGGAGACUGCGAGACGAGGAGCAGGCCAGGACCCCACGCAUGCUACGUUCAAAGAAAAGAUGAAGGAGUUCAUGGCCAACUUUGACAAGAACUCUGAUGGGAGAAUUGAAAUGUCAGAGUUGGCUCAAAUUCUGCCCACAGAGGAAAACUUCCUGCUCUGUUUCAGAGAGUUUGUGGGAUCCAGCACAGAGUUUAUGGCUGCCUGGCGGAGGUACGACACUGACCGAAGUGGAUACAUUGAGUCAAAUGAGCUGAAGGGUUUCCUGUUAGACCUGCUGAAGAAGGCUAACAGAAACUACGAUGACAAGAAGCUCAAUGAGUACACACAGACAAUCCUGAGGAUGUUCGAUCUGAAUGGUGACGGUAAAUUGGGCCUCUCUGAGAUGGCUAGACUCUUGCCGGUGCAGGAAAAUUUCCUGCUGAAGUUUGAGGGGAUCAGUAUCACAGUUAAGGAAUUUGACUCCCUCUUCACCCUCUAUGAUAAGGAUGGUAACGGAUAUAUUGAUGAGCAGGAGCUGGAUGCUUUGCUGAAGGACCUCUGUGACAAGAACAAAAUGGACGUGGACCCCUUGGACACAGAAGGACUGCUGGGGUACAAGAAGAGCAUCAUGGCUCUGUCUGAUGGGGGGAAAAUGUACCGCACUGAGCUGGAAAUUGUCCUGUGCCGGGACUCCACGCUGUGAGCUCCUUGCCUGGGACGCUGCCGUCCUCCCCCACUGCCUCCCCCUUCCUACCUCCUGAUGUAACCUUUUGCAUGUGUGACCCUUAACCUCGCUUCACCACUUAAAGUGAAAACAAAAGUGCUCCUAAGAGCACGCGGUGUACUGCUGGCCCUGCUAUUUUAGCUUUGUGCCCCUCUGAGUUGUAUUUCUUUUUUUGGGAUCUUAAAAGGCAGUGACAUAGCCAUAUGAC